AUGCUCGCUCUCUCCCCAGUGCUGGGCUGUUGGAGAGCUCGAGCUGCAAGCCACCGAGCGCGAGCUCGAGCGCGGCGCGCUGGCCGGGGAACCCAAGAGCCCACGGCGCCCCCAGAUGGCAGGCGCCGCGGGACCCCCCACCCUCGCCGGCUGCCCUUUCCCGGGCGCCCCUACCCUCCUCGCCCGCAGGAGACCCUGGGCUUCCCCGGAGGAGCUCACCCCAAGGGGCCAGGACUCCGGCGAGCCCGCCACCGUCCCCUCGAGUGCCGCCGCCACCACCGCAGCCGCGGGAGCAGCAUGGUCCAGCUGGGGAAGCUGCUCCGCGCCCUGACUUUGAUGAAGUUUCCCUGCUGCGUGCUGGAGGUGCUUCUGUGCGCGCUGGCGGCGGCGGCGCGCGGCCAGGAGAUGUACGCCCCGCACUCCAUUCGGAUAGAAGGGGACGUCACCCUCGGGGGGCUGUUCCCGGUGCACGCGAAGGGUCCCAGCGGAGUGCCCUGCGGCGACAUCAAGAGGGAGAACGGGAUCCACAGGCUGGAAGCGAUGCUCUACGCCCUGGACCAGAUCAACAGCGAUCCCAACCUGCUGCCCAACGUGACGCUGGGAGCGCGGAUCCUGGACACUUGUUCCAGGGACACUUAUGCGCUCGAACAGUCGCUCACUUUCGUCCAGGCGCUCAUCCAGAAGGACACCUCCGAAGUGCGCUGCACCAACGGCGAGCCUCCGGUUUUCGUCAAGCCCGAGAAAGUAGUUGGAGUGAUUGGGGCUUCGGGGAGUUCGGUCUCCAUCAUGGUAGCCAACAUCCUGAGGCUUUUCCAGGUUGAUGGGCGCUACGGGAUAAGGAAAAGGAUGUGAAGCUCACUGAAGAGGCUUGCGUUGGGAGUGCUGGAGGCGUGUACAGAGACUCAGCACCUUUCUGUACAGAAAUGGAGACAGGAAGAGGCCAGAGGAUGAAUGACAGGCACGAAUGAGGUGGAACUUUGAAGAGCAACAUGGAAAUGAAAUACUUCUUUUGUAUUUGGUAAGUGGGGAAAAUGUACCAGCGUGUAUGCCUACUGGGACCACGUUUUCCAGAACAGUUAAGCCCAGUGUCAACUAUGCUGUCCCACCUUCCUCUCUUAGUGAGAAGAGAGCAGGCUGAAUGGAAGACAGUCAUUAUGACCACUGGGGCCACUAAGGGGUGUCCAGAGAAGGUAACUACUUUGCCCACGUCCUAAACUGCCUAGCCCUGUGGUCUUGGGCUAAUCACUAACCUGCUUAGAUACAAUUUUCUUCUCUAUGAAAUAGAAACAAUAUUAUAUGCUAUGAAGGACUGCAGGAAGAUGAGCUGUAAUGUUUAUCAAGUGCCUGGGGAAGCAACUAUAAAGUUAAGAUGUCAAUUAAAAAAUAUUUACAAGAUGGGGCUUCCCUGGUGGCGCAGUGGUUGGGAGUCCCCCUGCCGAUGCACGGGAUGCGGGUUCGUGCCCCGGUCCGGGAGGAUCCCACGUGCCACGGAGCAGCUGGGCGCGUGGGCCAUGGCUGCUGAGCCUGCGCGUCCAGAGCCGAGGCCAGG